GGUCUGCUGAGCGUCACCUCCACACAGCAAGUGCCUUUACUUGAGCAGAAGGGGGAGAAGGGAGAGGAGCGAGGCUGUGAGAGAGCUUAUCCCGGGAGUGUGUCUGAAACGCAACAGAAGAGCAUCUAACUGUUGGAGUAGAGCGCUGGUGGUGCUGGCAGAACAUGCAUGAGUGGAGACGGGGGAAUCCAAUAGUGCUGUUGAUCCGGGAGUCCCUGGCAAAAGCUGCUUGAGCAGGAGACUGAAAACAGCGCAGCAGCCAGGAUCUCGCCAGGGGGGCAACAUUUUACAGCGACAACGAUGCGUGGAGACAGCUGAAACCUACACACACGCUGGAAAACACACAUGCAUUCCACUUACACUACAAACCUCUUCUUUUCUGAAAGGCACAAACUUGCACAGAUACAGAAUGGUACAUUUUCCUGUCCGUGGAUCCUGGAUGAUGGAGAGAAAAACUUCUGGAGAAGGCAUUUUUUUUUAAACAGGACUUAAUGCAGAGAUUUUCACACUAAGAAUAACUUUCUCGAUUCGGGGGAGUUGGAGGUUUAAUCCCUCUAUCUACGCACAACACCACGUAACCUGCUAUUCCUAGUUGCAGGAAUUGAGAGCGGUCUUUGAGACCAUUAAAAUGCCUUCUCCCGAUUCAGUCUGAGCAGUAAGUGGAUUAUGACAGCAAUAUAUUGGGAUUUCUUCGCUUGAGAAAGGAAAAGAAAACGAGAGAAAAAUAUCCAUGACCGGUGGAUUUACGUCGGUCAGAGAAGGAGAGGAUCCCGUGCGUUUUUUCCUCUCUUCUUCUGUGGAUUACAGAUGGGCUUUGUGAUCUCCCAGUGCAGUCUCAUGGAUGAUCGCUCGCUGCCAGUCAUUAGGAUAAAGUACAAAGAGGGACACAAGUGAGUAUUCAGCUGGAUUUGUAUCUCUGAAGGCUUAAGCUUGUGUGAAAACAAGGGUGUCGGAGAGGAAUCUGGAAUGAGAACACUUCGCAGCAGCUUUUUUCUUUCUAUUUCAAUAACAGAAAAUCCAACUGGUUGAUUAAACUGCUGUACUGUGUUUGAUGGAGUGAUUAUCAGGGUGGUAAGGUAGACACACAUCCUGAGAUUUUUGUGAUAUUUAAUUAAUUGUUACAACAAGGAUCCUGUAUGUUUACAGACCAUUUGCCAAUGAACAUAAUUUACUAAAUGAGGGGUACUGUCUACCCGGCAGGUGGCAUGGGCACAGGCGGAGAUUGAUUGAAGUGAUCUGUGUGAAUCCUAUUAAUGCAUCCUGGACUCUGGCCAAGGCAGAAGCAAUGGAGGGUUACACCGCUGUCUAGCAGCCCUAUCUGAUCUGCACCCACACUGGACAAACCAAACACCCUCUGCACCCCCUCUUCAGCAACACUCCUCCUCUCGCCCAGGCAAGGAUGGUACCUCCACCCCCCACCAACAAGCCCCAUGUGUGCCUGUCCACCAUCCUGAUCAUGAGCAGCAUGGCCUUGAUUGAUGCCUACCUUGUGGAGCAGAACCACGGGCCACGAAAGAUUGGCAUCUGCAUCAUGGUGAUGGUAGGUGACAUCUGCUUCCUGAUCGUCCUGCGGUACGUAGCGGUGUGGGUGGGUGCCGAGGUACGGACAGCUAAGCGGGGCUAUGCCAUGAUCCUCUGGUUCCUGUACAUCUUUGUGCUGGAGAUCAAGGUCUACUUUGUGUAUCAAAACUACAAGGCGGACAGGAAGAGCCUGGACGCUCUUGCGAGGAAAGCGUUGACUCUGCUGCUGUCAAUUUGCAUCCCGUUGCUGUUUGUGGUUCUAGUUGCUAUCGACCACAUGGAGUAUGUUCGCGCCUUCAAGAAGCGCGAGGAGAUCCGUAAUCGUCUCUUCUGGGUUGUGGUGGACUUGCUGGACAUACUGGACAUCCAGGCCAACCUGUGGGAACCCCAAAAGAAGGGGCUUCCAUUGUGGGCCGAGGGCCUGAUGUUCUUCUACUGCUACAUACUGCUGCUCGUGCUGCCCUGCGUGUCCUUGAGUGAGAUCAGCAUGCAGGGCAUCAACAUUGUGCCCCACAAGAUGCUCCUGUACCCCAUCCUGAGUCUGGUGACUGUCAACGUCAUCACCCUCUUCAUCCGCGGGGGGAACAUGAUUCUGUACAGGGACGCCAGGGUAUCCGGGAUCCUGAUGGGUAAGAACAUCCUGGCCAUCAUCCUAAAGACCUGCAGCUUUGUGCAGUACAGGAGACAGUUGCAGAACGCUUCUCCUGCCUUCCGGGUGGAGCUGCAGAAAAACUCAGUGGCCCACACUCGCCCUGCCCCACCCCCUCCUCAAGUGAUCAUGCAGGACCAGAUGCCCCUCCCCGAGGUGACGACGUGUGAGCACACAUGACCCCCAGGAGGCUGGGAGGGCACAACGUUCCAAACCUUUCGGGCAAGUGAACACGCAUUGAUGCUUGACGGCACAUAGGACACCGCAGCGAGGACAGAGCAGUGCUUUAUCCAAAAGCUGUCAUGGUGUAAAACUCAGCAUCACAUGUGACUUUGCAGUUCCUCCAAUGAAUUUAGUUAACUGUGUAUUUUUUAUAACUGUACAAAAGAUUUAAAAAAAAAGUAAACUACUGCGAGAUUAGAAGAUAUAUUUUUGAAUUGUGUGUGUUUCAUUCUUAUCUUAAAGUUAAGUUGUGGUGUGUGUAUUUCUGUUGCUCGAAUGUCCCUAGUAGUCAAGGGCUUAACACGAUAAGCAACUAAUGGGAGAAUCAGAAAAAAAACAGUUAAAGCGUUCUCUUGAAGGAAGUGUGUUUUCUAUAUGUGAUUCUUUGAUAUAAAGUAUUGUGUACAACA